AUGGCAGAUCCAACAUUACAGCCCGCAAUACUAAUCGUAUCAGACACUGCUUCGGAAGAUCCGUCCACAGACAAGGUUGUCGAUGCCCUAACACCACUCUUACUAACCACAGACCAAAGUCCCUGGAAGACACCAUUUUCCAACAUCGUUCCCGAUAAUGUACUCGAUAUACAAAGGAGCAUAUGUGACUGGACAGACGGGCAAGAUGCCGUUAAUCUCGUGCUCCUCAGUGGUGGCACAGGGUUCACUAGUCGGGACAACACACCUGAGGCGGUGACCCCUCUCCUCCAUCGUCAUGCUCCUGGACUUGUGCAUGGCAUGUUGGCUGCCUCGUUAAAAGCCACGCCAUUCGCGAUGAUGUCUCGACCUGUCGCAGGAGUCCGAAAUGGGACAGUGAUAGUCACUCUUCCUGGGUCGCCAAAAGGGGCAAAAGAAAACCUAGACGCUAUUGUGAAACUUCUUCCUCACGCAUGCAUCCAGGCAGCCGGCGCAAACUCCAGACUUCUUCACGCUGGCGGCAUGCAGACACUUGAAGCAGAAGCCGGUGUCUCUUCGGGUAAUAACCUAGAGAGCAGGGCCGAGAAUUCUCAUGCCCAUCAGCCACAACUUGGGCAUAGUGAUUGUGGGCACUCCCAUCAUCGCGGAAAUAAUACAACAAAGUCGAAUGACACGAGUGAGGGGCCGAGCCGCCGGAAUCGUCUAUCACCGUACCCAAUGCUGUCUGUCGAUGAAGCUCUCUGGCGCAUUAGUCACCAUACCCCUGACCCUGUUGUAGUUGAGGCCCCAGUAACACCUGCCUUAGUUGGAUCAGUGAUUGCUGAGGAUGUCUACGCUGCAGAGGCUGUGCCAGCUUAUCGAGCUAGUACUGUAGAUGGAUAUGCAGUAAUCGCCCCUGACUCGACUUCAGAAAAUAUGACUUCUACGACGGGGACUAAGGGCAUUUUCCCCGUUGCCUCAGUUGCGCACGCUAAUUCCAGUGAUUUUGCUCCUCCGUUGGAAAGAGGCACCAUUUCGCGUAUUACUACGGGUGCACCGCUGCCUCCAAACGCAAACGCGGUGGUUAUGGUUGAAGACACUCUUCUGCACUCCUCCACACCAGAUGGGACCGAAGAAGCCACGGUGGAAAUUCUGGCGGAUGAUAUCAAACCAAACGAGAACGUACGGCAGCCAGGUAGCGACAUUGAGCUGGGCUCGAUGAUCCUUCGAAAGGGCGAUAUUGUCACACCUGUUGGCGGUGAAAUUGGGCUUCUCGCAGCAACUGGCACACACACGGUCAAAAUUUAUAGGAAGCCUUGCAUUGGCGUCAUGAGCACUGGGGACGAACUAGUCCCAUACGAUGAUCCGCAAAGACUUCAUGGUGGCCAAAUCCGUGAUUCUAAUCGGAUUUCCCUGCUAUCAUGUCUAUCGUCUUGGGGGUUUCCAAUUGUUGACUUGGGAAUCGCUCCUGAUACCCCUGCCGGAGAACUCGAGGAGCGGCUACGUGACGCGGUCCAUAGGGAAGAGAAUAGUGUCGACGUGAUUAUCACGACAGGCGGGGUCUCGAUGGGCGAACUAGACCUCCUCAAGCCAACCAUCGAACGGUCACUCGGUGGCACGGUGCAUUUCGGUCGUGUCUCCAUGAAACCCGGGAAACCAACUACCUUUGCCAGCAUCCCCGUCAAGCGGUCCCCUGUUCAAACGGACGAUGCACCGAGAACAUGGGGAAAGAAACUCAUUUUCUCACUACCUGGAAACCCAGCCUCGGCCUUGGUCAGCUUGCACUUGUUUGUGCUACCCUGUCUGCACAAGCUCAUGGGUAUGGGUCAAGGAAGGCUCUCUCCAGGAUCCGGGCCAGUGCCAGGGCUUCCUGUCGUGACUGUCACUCUGAUGCAUCAGUUGCCGUUGAACCGCGAGCGUACGGAAUAUCAUUGCGCUAUUGUUAGGGCAUCCCAAGCAGAUGGACUACUGUAUGCUUGUAGCACGGGGGUGAGCGUUACGGGACAGCGGAGCUCAAGGGUUGGAAAUCUGGCGUAUGCGAAUGCUCUUUUGGUAUUGAAACCUGGACAUGGAUACAUUGAGAAGGGUACGCUGGUAGAAGCCUUGAUUAUGGGCCCUAUACGGUCAGGGGUAUAA